UCCCUAAAAAUGAUUCACCAGGAAAUGGAUAUUGAUGACUGGGUUUUCUUGCCCGACAACAGAUUCCUGGAAAUCAACCAAGAUUCCGAGAAGAAGCAAAUCCACGGAGGGAACCGAGUUUCCGAUCUCGUUUUACUCGCCGAUUAUUUUGACAAAAACCAGCCAUUUCAAUUGGAACCCAGAAUUCCUAAUGAUCCGAAAAGCAUACCUAUCGAUUUCAGUUCUACGCCGUCGAUGAUCCUGGAGAAGAUCAAAGAAGCCGGUAUCGAAUCGGUUGAAGGCGACCGGGAAGUGAAGACACAGAUUUCUUUCAGGAAACCGAGUUACAACAAUGAAUCCGUCGACAUGACCAACAAAAUGGACUCACCCAGGUCCACUACUAAAGGAUCCAUCCCUCAACUCGACGCUGCAGGUACAUUUGAUUUCGAUGACGACGACGGUGAGUUUUUGCAGAACAUGCGCUCUCCAAAAUUCAAGGACUCGGUCGAAAACAAAGCCAACUUGGAAGACAACUCCGGUGGGAUUUGGAAAUGGAGCUUGAGGGGCAUCGGAGCUAUUUGCUCCUUCGGGGUUGCUGCUGCUACCUUUUGUAUCAUCAUAUUCGGAACUCAACAGAGGCAAAAACAACACCUACUGAACCAGAAACUGCUGUUUCAGCGUUACACCGAUGAAAAGAGGAUGAAACAAGUGGUUCAUCAAUCAACAAAACUGAAUGAAGCAAUCUCUGCAGUUAGAGGAGUUCCAAUCACCAGGGCUCACAUAACAUUUGGUGGUUUCUAUGAUGGUGUUUAAAAGCUAUGUCUCCUGGA